AAUCCAUUGAAGCCUCACUAAAGAUCCUCACUAAAGAUCAAAGACCUCACUAAAUAUCCUCACUAAAUUUAAAGCUCACUAAAUUUACUGACCCCCCUUAAAUUACCCCCUCAAAUAUUACAAUGACAAAGAAGAAUAAGAAUACAAGUAUACCCUUGAAUCUCAGCAAUUGCGAAAGAAUGCAAGCCCUCAGAGAGGCACCCGAUAGAACGGGGACCCCACCACCACUCCGUGAGUUUGAUGACUUGAAUGCCUUUGAGACGUUUGUUCGUGACGAGACGUGGGACAACGAGUUUGACAACUUCCACGCGCAUUUGACGUACUACCCACCGUUUGUGUUACAAGAGGUGCAUGACGACUUGGAGAAGAUCAAGCCCACCAUGAACAAGAACUCGAAGAAGUUUAAACGUAAUCUCCAACACCACAUCAAACGUCAUUUAAUGACCGAGUUGGAGACGGUUGCCGGCUACCCUAUGGAUUUCGGCAAGUGCGAAAUCGAAGAAGAUUUCAACACUUGGAAGUUGAAGUUUGUAGACCAAGGGUUGCACGGAUUCACCGAAGAAGAAGAGGAACGCUUGCAUAGACACUGGAGAAUAGAAAUGGAGGUUAAGGCCAACCGGGAGAACCCAUUGGUUGAGGUUGACAUUAAGAGUUUACCCUUUUAGAUGCCCCCGCUAGCCCCCUGUAAACAACUGCCCCCGCAAAGUUUUAAGUUUUCGCGCUAUUUCUCACUAAAUUUUCUCCCUAUUUUCUCGCUAACCUACCGUUCGUUUUUUUUACCGCACUGUCCACAACACGCAGCGCCCUACAACACUACCACUCUCCCUAGACGAAAUGAUUUACGACUUUUUAUAAAUACACAAUUUACUCA